UUUUUGUUUUUGUUUUGCAGAGCUCGCCGAUACAGAAGGCCACGUCCAUGGGCAACCUGCGGCGCUCCGUCGCAGGCACAAUCUCAGGCAAGCUCGGCCUACGCCCCAGGUCCACGCUCGUCGUCGACACCGCCUUCGCGACGCGGCCGCCUGUGCCGUCGUCGCACUCGUUGUCGCCGCGCUCCGUGUCAGCCCCGACGCCGGCGGCGCGCUUGGACGCCCCGCGCCCGCGCCCACGUCCGCGGCAGCCGCUGAGCCCGACGAUGCACACGCGCGGAAGCAUCAUUCUCUACGCCGGGGAGAUACAGGACGAGGAGAGCAGGAGGCUGAGCGAGGCGGCGUUCCUCGACUUUUGACGUUUUUGCACCACUACUGCUCCCUCCUUCGUUGUCCCUUUUCGGACGCACAUGACUAGUCUACUGACGGAUCCUACUCUCGUACACGCUCCCUCUCGGCUCUCUUUCUGGCCCUUCUGUACUUUUUCUUCUUUUUCUGGUGUGCCCCCGGUGCGGUGUGGGUACAUCAGAUGACACUGGCCAAUCGAAGCUCUCCGCAUGCGUUUUGACUGGUGGUGUAUUUGGGCUAUUCUAGAGAUUACGAUAAUGUGAUUUUGCGAGCCACUCUGGUGUUGCAAUCCUCAUCAUGCCAUACGGCUUUGAGAUACCGUAUAUCCGCAGAUUCAUGUUAGGACUUAUUUUGUGAGCCGGCGACGGGGGGC